AUGAAGUCCAUCCUCUGCCUGUGUGUGUUACUUGUUGGGCUUCAGGCUGUUGUCUUGUCUCAUCACGUACCUGACCACCACAGUGACCAGGAUGGUCAGACAGAUAUUAAACCCCCACAGCAGCCUAGUCUGGUUGGAGGCAAUGUCGUAACUGAAAACAGGUCCUUUCUCCGAGUAGCUCCUAGCAAUGCUGACUUUGCAUUUAGAUUCUACAAGCAGAUUAAAUCAGAAGCAGCUGACAAGAACAUUUUCUUCUCUCCUCUGAGCAUCUCCACUGCCUUUGCAAUGCUGACGUUAGGUGCCAAGUCAACCACUCUGAGUCAAAUUCACAAAGGACUCUCCUUUAACCUGACAGAGAUUGAGGAGAGGGAGAUACAUGAAGGUUUUCAUCAUCUCAUCCAGAUGUUAAACCGUCCUGACAAUGAGAUCCAGCUGAAUAUGGGAAAUGCCCUUUUUAUAGAUGAUCAACUGAAACUACUAGAGAAGUUUUUGGAAGAUGUCAAAACUCUGUAUGAGUCUGAAGCUUUUCUAAGUAACUUCCAGAAUUCUGCAGCGGCUGAGAAACAGAUCAAUGAUUACAUAGAGAAUAAAACCCACGGGAAAAUUGCCAAUUUGGUGAAGGGUCUUGAUUCGCUCACUGUAAUGGUUCUUGUCAACUAUAUUUUCUUUAAAGCUCAUUGGGAAAAUCCUUUCAGUAAUUUGUUCACCAAGGAAGACGACUUUUUUGUGGAUGCAAAAACGUCUGUCAAAGUUAAUAUGAUGAACAGUGACAAAACGUAUAACACACACCAUGAUGAGGAGCUGUCUUGCUGGGUGGUUGAAAUCCCAUACAAAGGAAAUGCUGCUGCGCUAUUUAUUCUGCCUGAUGAAGGGAAAAUGGAGCAGGUGGAGGAUGCUCUGUUGGAAGAAACUGUGUCUAAAUGGACAAAAUCACUUCAAGAAAGAAAAAUCUACCUGUACAUUCCAAUAUUCUCUGUAUCUGGUACCUAUGAUGUCAAAGAUCUGUUUGAGAAAAUGGGUGUGAUCGAUGUGUUCACUGGCAAAGCUGAUCUCUCUGGAAUCACUGGGCACUCUAACCUGAAGGUGUCUAAAGCUCUUCACAAGGCCGUGGUCGAUGUUAAUGAGAAUGGUACCGAGGCUGCAGCAGUCACUGUCGUGGAAAUUACAUUAACGUCUCUUCCCAUCCCUCGUCCUCCUACCAUUAAGUUCAACCGGCCUUUCCUGAUGCUGAUUUUUGAUAAAACCACCCGCAGCAUCCUCUUCAUGGGGAAAAUCAUAAAUCCUAAAGAAAAAUAA